AUGGAUCUUCAAUGUAAAGAGUCUUCCUUAGGGAGGCUAUCGGAGCAAGAUUGCUUGAAUCUCAAAGCUAAAGUGAUGGAACUUAAUACUAACAUGGCUAGACUCAAUAUGUGGUGGAAGCAAAGGGCCAAAGUGAAAUGGUUAAAUGAAGGGGAUGGAAAUUCUAAGUUCUUCCAUUCUUAUGAUAGCUCUAGAAGGAACUCCAAUAAGAUAAUUAAAAUCAAAGAUGAAGAUGGGUGGUUGGUGGAAGAACAAUGUCAGAUGGAGGAAGUGUUUCUUCGGUUUUUUCAAAAGAAGUGGGAAGCUAGAAGGAGCAACCUGGAAGGGUGGCCAACAAACACCAAUAGCAUGAAUUCUUGGGACAAGAAUUUACUGGAUGCUAAAUUAUCUAUGGCUGAAGUUGAAGAAGUGGUUCAGCAGCUGGGAGGAAACACUUCACCGGGUAAUAAUGGAAUCUCUCAUACCUUUAUUAAAGUUUAUUGUGAAAUUAUUAAAGAAGAUUUUUGGAAGGCUAUUAGCUACUUUUUUAUCCAUGGAAAGCUUGAUAAUGAAUGGAAAUAA